AUCGACAUUCCGACGCAAACAUGAUCUUUAAGGCAACUGUGUUAGUGGCGCUCGCAGUGGCCGUCGCAGCCCGACCCGAGACUCCUUCCUACUCUCCUCCUGCUCACCCAGCCCCUUCCUACGCGCCUCCCAGCCCAUCCUACAGCGCCCCCGUCCGCCCUUCUCCAUCCUAUGCUGCUCCCGUCUAUGCAGAUGUCCCGCCCCAAUACAAUGCCCAGUAUAACGUAAACGAUGAUUACUCCGGCAACAACUUUGGACAUCAAGAGGACCGCGACGGCUACAACACCCAGGGAACGUACUACGUGCAGCUCCCCGACGGCCGUGUCCAGAAGGUCACCUACUACGUCGACGGCGACUCCGGCUACGUGGCAGAGGUCACCUACGAAGGGGAAGCUCAGUACCCAGCUUACGAACCAUCUACCUCGUACCAACCCGCCCCAGCUUACCAACCUCCUUCGUCUCCAUCAUACGCCUAAAUUAUUCCUAAAUUACCCAUCAUCUUAUUUAUUAAACGAAGUAAAUCUUCCGAUGCCGAAGGUAAGCUUUUUAUGGCCUAAAACCAGGUAUAUGUGUAAAGUCAUCAUGAUGAAGAAAUGAUAAACAAGGAAAACACUUAUUGUAUUAUAUCGUCACAUUAUUGUUUAGAUGUACAAAUAUACUUUCACAAUGAUAAAAAGUGUGUGAUUAAGAACGAAGACGAAGUUCUGAAAGACUAGGCACUUCCACCUUUCUAUUCCUAGGGAAAUACUGAAAGUACGUACAUUAAUAAACGAUUU